AUGUUCUCUCAAGGCCGACAUAACGAUCAGAACUAUGUGUUCGCCCUUUUGACUGGCUACCGUGAUCCUCUCACUGGUGUUUCGAUUCGAGGAGGGUUGUACAAUAAUCCUUACUUUCUUGGUGGAGCAAUUGCUAUGCCUAAAAUGCUCAAUGAUGGUGUUGUUGAGUAUGAAGAUGGUACCCCAACAACGGAGUCACAGAUGGCAAAAGAUGUUACGGAGUUUAUUUCAUGGGCUAUUGAGCCAGAAAUGGAAGAGAGAAAACUGAUGGGAUUCAAAUGGAUUUUGCUACUGUCUCUGGCACUUCUCCAAGUAGUUUACUACAGACGCUUGAGAUGGUCAGUUUGUUGCAAAUUAGUGAAACUUACAGCUGUCAUAUCUUGGAAGUUAGAAGCUGUUGAAUUAGUCUUUGUUGAAUAA